AUGACAUCGUUUGUAUUACUGCGGUCUUACAACCUGCUGAUUUUGGUCUCCCUGCUUGUUUGGACGUAUUACCUCGGCAGCGUGGUGUACAAAUCUAAUCCAUUUCGAUCUUUUGUACCCUUAGAACGAAAGGGCGUAGCGACCAUUUUAGGCUGGACGUCGCUUUUUGAAGAUUCGAUCGAAAGCAUUUUCGGUUCUUCACUUGCUCACUGUCCGCUAGUGGACUGCGUGGUGACCAACAACAGGACUAUGCUGAAUAAAAGCCAUGCAGUAUUUUUCCACGAACGCGACUUCAGCAGAUCAGACCUUCCCCAUGACCGCUUUCCUUGGCAGUACUUCGUCAUCGCCAACUGGGAAGCUCCGCCAUACUUGGGUAGAACAACGUCUUCAAUUGUUGACAACUACUUUAACCUCACCGUAACAUACCGACGUUCCUCUGAUAUUUUCAUUCCGUUUUUCUCGUUCGACGAAUCCCAUGACACCGGAAAGCAGCUGCAAACGGACGAUGCUCUCAUGAAAAUGGCCAAACACAAAACGAAAUUCGUCGCUUGGUUCGUCAGCAACUGUAACACCCCAAGCAAACGCGAAUAUUACGUAAAGGAACUUCAGAAGCAUAUCCCUGUUGAUAUCUAUGGAAAAUGUGGACCUCUGCACUGCCCCCGCUACAGCGAGAAUUGUUCACAAUUACUGAAAGACGACUAUAGAUUUUACCUCGCCUUCGAAAAUGCGAUUUGUCUGGAUUACACAACCGAAAAGGCACUUACGGCGCUGAGCAAUGACGUCGUUCCGAUUGUUCUUAGCCGGUCGGUCGCUCGAGCUCUGCUUCAGGACAAUAGCUUCAUCGCUGUGGACGACUUCGCGAGUCCAAAACUCCUUGCUGAGUUCCUAUACAAGUUGGCUGAGAACCCUUCAGAAUACAUCAAGUUUUUCCGGUUCAAAAGGAAAUAUACAGCCACAAAACAUGAACUCAUUAUUAAGUCUGUCUGUGAAAUAUGUCAACUGAUUUCGAACCCUCAGAGGUCAUCGAUUCCUCGCUACACGAAAAAUUUUCAAGAAUGGUUCCUACGUGACAGCAAUUGCUCCUCCGUUGCCCUGCCAAACGACACUUCACUUCACUCACAAUAG